UAUAUACUGACCUUGAAUCCCUCGACAUUAUAUUCCAUGAGAGCCAUCGCUUCAUCGAUUCAAAGUCGAGCACCAAACAAACCUGGGGUCUGCUUCCUUUGACUUCAUCUUUUAUAUUUCGGUUUGCCUGAACCAUUCAAGAACCGAACAAGAUGAGAUCUAGCGUCCUGUUGUCAGCCCUUUGGGCCACGGCUGCUCAAGCACUCAGUACAGCGGGCUGGCAGUCACAGUCUAUCUACCAGAUCGUUACUGAUCGUUUUGCUCGCACCGAUGGGUCGACAACUGCUAGUUGUACCUUGAGUCAGUACUGUGGUGGAACAUUCAAGGGUAUCAUCAACAAGCUGGACUAUAUUCAAGGAAUGGGUUUCACAGCUAUUUGGAUUUCUCCCGUUGUCACGAAUAUCCUUGAGGGCUCAGGAGGGACUUCUUACCAUGGAUACUGGGCCCAAGAUAUCACUACCAUCAACACCAAUUUUGGUACUGCGGAUGAUCUCAAGUCCCUAUCAGACGCCUUGCACGCUCGUGGAAUGUAUCUCAUGGUCGACGUCGUAAACAAUCACAUGGGCUCCCCGAACGCCGGUAGCAGUGUCGAUUACAGCAUCUAUACUCCAUUCAACCAGCAAAGCCAGUACCAUACGCCCUGUGACAUCAACUACAGCGACGAGACAUCCAUCGAACAAUGCUGGGAGGUCACAGGAGCACCAAGUCUUCCGGAUCUUAGGACCGAAGAUAGCAGUAUCCGCAGCACGUGGAACAGCUGGAUCACGUCGUUCGUCUCGACGUACGGCAUCGACGGAUUACGCAUGGACAGCACGAAGCACGUGGAGAAGUCCUUCUGGCCAAACUGGGUUUCGGCUUCGGGUGUCUACAACAUGGGAGAGGUCUACAAUGGCGACCCAAGCGUUUUCCCUGACUGGUUGAACUAUAUCAGUGGACUUGAGAAUUAUCCGAUGUAUUACUGGAUCACUCGCGCCUUUCAGUCCACUUCGGGGUCUAUCAGCGAUCUAGUCACCGGCAUCAAUACCUUGAAGGGCUCAAUGAAAACAAGCACUCUCGGGUCUUUCAUGGAGAAUCAUGAUCAAGUCCGAUUCCCGUCCUUGACAAGCAACACAAACUUGAUAAAAAAUGCAAUUGCCUUCACAAUACUAGCAGAUGGUAUUCCCAUCAUCUACUAUGGCCAGGAGCAGCAGUACGCUGGCGGUGCCGAUCCCAACAAUCGCGAGGCGCUCUGGACCUCUGGCUACAACACGAACUCAGAUCUGUACAAGUUUAUCACAACCGUUAACAAGAUCCGUAACACGGCGAUUUCCCAGUCAAGCUCAUAUGUCUCAUACCAGGCAUACUCAACAUACGCUGACUCUCACGUUAUUGCGAUGAAAAAGGACAGCGUUUACGGCAUUUUCACAAACGCAGGGUCGAGCUCCUCGGUCACCGUUCCAGGUUUCACAGCCAGCCAAGCCCUUUGCGACGUCAUUAGUGGUACAUCAUAUACUGCCAGCUCAAGCGGUAGCGUCACCCUGAAUGUUGGGCCGCUACCUGCCAUCUUGGUACCUACCUCGUACAGUAUCUGCGGAACUAGCUCUGGUGGAGGAACGACAACCCUUACGACCAAGACGACAACCGCGCCGGCUGGAACCUCAACAGCCUGCUCGUCGGUUCCAAUAACUUUUAACGAGACCGUGGUCACCUCAAUUGGGCAAACUAUCAAGAUCGUGGGAAGCAUAUCCGCCCUGGGAAGCUGGGACACCUCCAAGGCCAUCGCCUUGAGUGCAGCCUCCUACACGAGCUCGCGUCCCGUGUGGAGCGGCACGAUCAGUCUGCCCGCGGGCACGACUUUCACGUACAAGUUCAUCAACGUCGCCAGCAGCGGUACGGUGACCUGGGAGGCGGAUCCGAACCACAGCUAUACGGUGCCAACGAGUUGCACGGCGGCUCAGACCGUGGUAUCAAACACGUGGCAGAGCUGAUGAAAACAAAAAACGCCGCCAACAGGAUUAUUUCCUAAAAAGAAAAAAAAGAAAACCACGUCAAGGAAUUUGAGUGUUCAAGAGAGUAUAUAUAUCUUUUAAUAAUCAUACGCUUGAGAGUAAACCCACUGGGCAAAUUUAAAAUACAAUAUU